UGCUCUUGUUACGCAUUGGAUUUUAUAUUUUCUAGAUUUUUUAGAUUUUCUUUUACCGAAUUACAUUGCAAAUUGCAUUGGUUCUUCUCUGUUUGAAUCACGUUUUAGAAUAUCGCCGUUGUCUGCGGAACCGCAUCUUGUAAAAAGAUUUGUGAUGGGGAUAUAUCUGAGUACGCCGAAAACAGAGAAGGCAUCUGAAGAUGGUGAGAACGACAAGCUUCGGUAUGGUCUGUCUUCCAUGCAGGGCUGGCGUGCUUCCAUGGAAGAUGCUCAUGCAGCUUAUCCAGAUUUGGAUGAUUCUACAUCUUUCUUUGGUGUUUAUGAUGGCCAUGGAGGCAAAGCAGUUUCCAAAUUCUGUGCCAAGUAUCUACAUCAACAAAUGCUUAAGCAUGAAGCUUACUUAGCUGGAGAUAUAGGCACAUCCUUACAGAAAACUUUCCUUAGAAUGGAUGAGAUGAUGCGCGGACAAAGAGGGUGGAGAGAAUUGGCAGUCUUGGGAGAUAAAAUAGAAAAGUUGUCUGGAAUGCUAGAGGGGUUUAUAUGGUCUCCCAGGAGUGGUGAAACAAAUGACCAUUCUGAUGAUUGGGCUUUUGAGGAGGGACCACAUUCUGAUUUCACUGGACCAAACUCUGGAAGUACAGCUUGUGUGGCUGUCAUUCGAGGAAACAAACUUGUCGUCGCCAAUGCUGGUGAUUCUAGAUGUGUAUUAUCAAGGAAGGGCCAGGCACACAAUUUGUCUAAGGAUCACAAGCCCGAGCUUGAGGCUGAGAGAGACAGGAUUUUAAAUGCUGGUGGUUUCAUCCAAGUUGGACGUGUCAAUGGAAGUUUAAACUUGGCUAGAGCGAUCGGAGACAUAGAAUUCAAGCAGAACAAACGUUUGCCUGCUGAGAAACAGAUUGUGAGUGCUGAACCUGACAUAACUUCCAUUGAGCUUUGUGACGAUGAUGAGUUCCUUGUAAUAGCUUGUGAUGGGAUAUGGGAUUGCAUGUCAAGCCAACAACUUGUGGACUUCAUACAUGACAAGUUAAAGGAGGAGAAUAAACUAUCUGCGGUGUGCGAGAUGGUUUUCGACAGGUGCUUAGCACCAACAGCCGGUGGCGAGGGAUGUGAUAACAUGACCAUGAUCUUGAUUCAGUUCAAAACUCCUUUGAAUCCAAGUGCUUCUGAUGCAGACCCGCCUCAGUCGUCUGCGGAACCAUCCGAAGCUGAUAAAAGUUCAGAGCAAACAGAACAAAAGUGAGGGAAGAGUUUCAGACCUGACUAGACAGUGAUUGGCGCGAGCACAGAGACGAUCAUGGGUAAUAUUUUAAUAUCCAUAUUUGCAGGAUGUUGAUUCUCAAUAGGGGAUUGUAAAUUUGUUGGGGGAGAAAAAAAAUUCGAUGCUACUGCUGCUCAUGGGGGCUAUUGACUUUGUACAUUAAAUUCGGGUCUCUAAAUGUGAAAGGUAAAAAACAAAUGGUUCAGCAAGCACGGCAGACACCUACAUGGACGGCUAAAACCACCCCUCUGGCCAUUUUCUUUUGUCAAUUUUAUUUCUUAGCAAUACCAGUGAUCGAUGACUAGAACAAUACGUGAAAGAACAUCUCUAAAAUUAUGGAACCAUGUUUGAUGUUUCAAUACCCAUCAUCUAUACAAGCUUGUGCCUUUUAAGGAUUCAGUGCGAUGAAA